AUGUCGAAUGGAGUGGGAAAAGUUUAUUUCGGAAAAAUGGGAGUAGAAAAUUGUGGCGUUUGGGAGAAGGAAGAGGAGGAGGAGGAGAAGGAGGAGAAGGAGGAGGAGGAGGUGGUGGUCGUGAAUAAGGAGGGUGAGAAGGGCAAGAGAGGGAGCGGCCAUACGAGAUGGACAAGUGGGAAGAGAAAGCGCCUGAGAUAUGAGAUCUGUGUGAGCAGAGGCACGCAGAGGAGAGGAGAAUAUUUCGGGUGA